AAAAUCACUCCAAUUUAAAACCGCGUCGAUACCGCAGUCAUUAAGUGAGCUCCUCUGUGAAAAGUUGUGUUUUUAAUUUAUUGUUUUCGUCUUUUUUUUAACGACGAAUUAAAUUUAAUUUAAAUUUUGUAAUUUUACAAAACAAUACAAAAAUAUAAUAAUAAUGGAAAACAGUGAUCCAGCCUUCAAUAUCCGUGAUGGAUACACAACCCCUGAAGCUUGGGAAAUAGCAAAAGUUGAACUCCGUGAAACCCCCGAAGUGAGAGAGGCAGCUAUUAAGGAGCUUAGGGAGUUGUUGCAUGCCUGCGAUGACUUAAAAUACAGAGAUGAUGAUGAAUUCUUGGUUAUCUUUUUGAGAGCUUGCCAUUUCUAUCCCAAAAGUGCAUUGGAAAAGUUGAAAACAGUUGCCAGUUUUCGUAAGGAAAAUGCUGCUCUAGUUCAUGAACUAGGCAUUGAACAACUUAAAGAUAAAUUCAUCAAAGGAAACAUUGUGAAUGUCCUGAAAAAUUGCGAUCAAUUAGGUCGUCGUGUAAUGAUCGUUAGCUGUGGGUCCAUUUGGGAUCCUAGUUACAUUUCUUCAGAAGAGAUGUUCCAAAUGCUUUAUUUUGUGCAUUUGGCAGCUCAGAUGGAACCCGAAUCACAAAUUCGUGGAGUUGUCGUGAUGAUGGACUUUGAUGGACUAUCCAUGAAACAAAUUAAAUCUCUGACACCAAGCUUCUCAAAACGCUUAUUGACAUUCAUUCAAGAUGCUAUGCCCCUGCGAAUGAGGGAGGUGCACAUGGUUAAACAGCCAUUUAUCUUCAAGAUGGUUUGGUCAUUAUUUAAGCCUUUUGUUCAGGAGAAGCUUAACAAGAGGAUGCAUUUCCAUGGUAGUGAUAUGAAAUCUCUACACAAAUUCUUAUCGCCUGAAAUUCUACCAGAAAACUAUGGUGGAAAAUUGCCAAAGAUCGAUUAUGGUGGCAAGGAAUGGUAUCCAGCUGUUGAGAAACAUCAAGACUUUAUUAAGGAAUGGUCUGAAAUGGGACCAGCCAAGUGGUGAUUUGAAGCUUUUGUCCUAUAAUUCUUAGUAAGAAUUCUGUCUGUCCAUCACAUUGAUUUUUCUCUCGAAAAAAGUCCGCUUUUUUUAAAUUUAUUUUGUACCUUAAUUUUAGUUAUAUAAAUAUUAAUACCAAAGUCAAAUGAAUUUUAUUAAAAAUAAUGUAACAGUAAUAAGUUAGAUAGAAAAAAAAAGUUGGUUGUUUAUUAUGUAAUUUUGUUUUUCAAAUCAUGACUGCCUGACAAGAUCAAUUACUUUGUUAUUCUAAGCUUUGACAUUUAUUUUUAAAAUUUUUAAUACAAAAAAAAAAAAACACUGACUUAUUUUAAAUAAAAUUAUAAGAUUUAAGAAUAAAUUUUGUUUUUGUUAAAAAUGUUGGUAGCAUUUUUCUUAAAAGAAUUUGGGUUAAAACUACGGCUUUCACACAAGGGCAAAUUGGUGUAUG